AUGAGUACCAUACAGUACGUGCAAAUUAAGGACUUAAAGCCUGGAAUGAAGAACAUCAAUGCAGAAUUCAUAGUUUUGGAAGUGGGGCAACCUACUUUGACAAAGGAGGCUCGUGAAGUGCGAACUCUACGUGUUGCUGACGCGACUGCUUCCGUGAAUCUGUCUGUAUGGGACGAGCCGGGAGCUCUACUCCAGCCCGGCGAUAUCGUAAGGUUGACGCGCGGUUACGCGUCAUUAUGGAGGGCUGCGCUUACAUUAUACUCCGGCAAAUCAGGCGAUAUUCAAAAAGUAGGCGAGUUUUGUAUGCUGUUUAAUGAGCAAGUAAAUAUGAGCGAACCACAACCUACCCCACCACCAGCGCCGGUAGGUGCUGCGCCUCCUGUGGCGGAUCGAUCUAAUGGCGCACAUGCGCCCAUGCGAUCAUUACAGACCCAACCGCCCACUGUACCAGCACACCCUAACAAGACUGAUCGAUUUGCACAAGGGGCUCCAGAGCAUGGUGGCAACAAACAUGCAGGCCAUAAGACGUACGUGCGUGGAGGUCGAGGGCAUCAACGGGGUGGUGCCAGACGGUAG